CACCAACUAUAUUAAUAUUAACGAAAUGGCUCAAACAGUACCAUUGAUUUUACAAGAGGACAUUGAACAGGGUGGUAAAGAGUAUGAAGAAGGUAUAGAAGAUGAUUUUGCCUACAGAAAUAAUGUUUCACAAGCAACAAAAGCCAUUAGAUUGGCUUUUAUCCGGAAGGUGUAUGGUUUAUUGACGAUGCAAAUAUUCUUAACCAUACUAAUAGCAAGUAUCUGCAUGUAUACACCACCUAUAAAAAAUUUCGUUCAUUCCAAUGAUUGGAUGAUGUUGGUAACUUUCUUUGGAAGUAUCAUACUGCUGUUUGCUCUCCAUGUGAAAAGAAGAGAAUCCCCAACCAAUCUUAUACUGCUAGCAGCAUUCACUAUUGUACAAGCUUAUACAAUAGGAGUUAUUGUUACUUUCUACUCCAAAGAUAUUGUUUUACAAGCUCUACUCUUGACACUUGUUGUUUUGGGAGGGCUAACACUGUACACAUUCCAAACAAAACGUGAUUUUUCAGCAAUGCAUUCUGGGUUAUUUGCUGGUUUGUGCAUUUUGAUUGUUGGAGGAUUCAUGCAAGUUUUCUUGCAAUCAUCAGUAUUGGAAAUUGCAAUUUCUUUUGGUGGUGCACUAUUGUUUUGUCUUUUUAUUGUAUUUGAUACUCAGAUGAUUAUGAAGACACUUUCUCCUGAGGAAUACAUUUUGGCAACCAUUAACCUUUAUAUGGAUAUAAUCAACUUAUUCAUAUAUAUUUUGCGCAUUCUACAAGAAUUGAACAGGCAAUAGUUAUUCCAAAUGAACAUAAAUUUGUUGUUUUAUGUAUUAUCAUAUAUUUUAUAAAACUAUUGAAUAUAAUAAUUAUCAAGUAAUAUGAGUUGUGAGUUCUCAAGCCUCUCAAAUGUUGCAAACAAAAGUGGCAAUAUCUCAUGCAGCUUCAUUGUAAGAAGAAGGAUAGAAACCAUCUGAAAAGGUUCCUAAUAGCAUUGAAUAAGUAGGCAAUAAGAUCCAUUUCAAGCAAAAUUUGCAUUUUUUUCCAUAAUUGAAAACUUGGUGAAACUUCACCUAUCAUGUGAUGGGUUUUUUUUGUAAACAUUUUUUGGUACUUAUGUAUUUUUGUCUGAAAAUCUGAAAAACAAGAAUUUGAUAAUGAAAAUGUGAACAAACCAUUAUUUAUUAAGAUAUUUCACUAUAAAGUUACAAAUUUCACCUUCUUUCACACCUGUCUUUUGGAUUGCAUUUAGAACCAUUUGCCCUUCUUUUUUCAUCAUUGAACAAUUUUUAUAUUAUCACAAAGUACUUCAAUGACACAUUUGUUUCUAUUACAUGAGUCAACUAGAAAUAUGGUUUCCUUGCAAUUUAUCCAUAUUCAGUGAAAAGAAGGAAGAAUAUCAUUUGCAAUAAUGGUGUGUGUAAUGUAA